AUGGUACACCUUGUGGCUGUACCAGAGACAAUCACGGCAAGUGGCUGUGCUUGUGUCUUUAUUGACACCAUCUUCCGACUUCAUGGGUUGCCCCGUGAACUCGUAUCAGACAGAGAUCCACGAUUCACUGCUGAUUUCUGGCGUUCCGUGUUCAAAUCACUCGGAACGCGCUUGAAGAUGUCAACAUCUGAUCAUCCAGAGUCAGAUGGUCAGACGGAACGUGCCAAUCGUGUCCUUGAAGAGAUACUUCGAGGAUACGUACACUCCUUUAAGAGUUGGAGUGAGUUUUUGCCGAUGGUAGAGUUUGCCAUCAACAACUCGGUGCAUGCGUCCACGACACAUACACCGUUUUACGUGAAUGGCUUGCGCCAUCCGCGUGUACCCACCUUACUAGAGUGUAACUCUGGUUUAAGGGGGGAGGGACUCGCGCGAGCAAAAACCGAUUUGGUUCACGCUCAUCACGCUCUGACGAAGAAGUCAUUGCGUUUGAUGCCGAUAUCGAUAACAUCGAUAUCGAAGAAGAUGAUGCCAGUGAGAGUGCGGAAGCCCUCACUGAAGACAAUGAUCCCAGUGAGAGUGCGGGAAGCCCUCACUGAAGAAAAGGUUGUUGUCGCUGCAGUGCGCUCACAGCACACUGAAGCUAACGAGUCAUCAGAUGAGUUCAUACUGGCUCGUGAAACGGUAGUCCGUUUUGUGCAAGACUCCAUCGCCGAAGCGGUGGAUAAGCAAAAAGCAAAACGCUGA